AUGAAAGAAACUCAUGAUGGAUUCUUUUGUGUUUUGCAGGAUAAGAAGUCUGACGAGCCGUGCAAUGGCCGAGACUGCAGCCGAGGAUGCAAGUGCCUCCCAGAGAAAGGCAGCCGGGGUCAACCCGGGCCGUUGGGAGAUGCCGGGCCCAGUGGACCAGAGGGGCCUCGGGGUGGGACCGGACACCCAGGACCUAAAGGAGAGAGGGGCCACAUCGGACUGAAGGGGCCGUCCGGGCCCAACGGAGACAAAGGGCCCAUGGGCGUCCCCGGCUUCUCAGGAACCGAUGGCGUACCCGGCCAUACCGGAGCCGGCGGUCCCAGGGGUCCUCCAGGUGUUGACGGCUGUAACGGGAACGGGGAGAGCCUGGAGACACAGGCUAUGGGAUCGGACCUCCUGGAACUCCUGGCCCCAGUGGAAUUUAUGGACCAAAAGGACAAAAGGGAGAGCCUAUCUUCAUCUCUGACACAGACAACACCAUCGCGGGUUUGCCAGGUUUACCAGGAGUCAACGGCCCACCGGGAUAUCGAGGCCCUGACGGCAGACCUGGAGCGCCUGGACCUAUUGGACCCACUGGAUAUGCCGGUCCUCCUGGUCCCCCCGGUCCGCCAGGCCCCAUGGGAAGCCACGGUGAAGGCUAUUGGGAGAGCAGAAAGGAGAUAA